AUGACUCAUGACACCAGAGCCUCCACCUGGGAGUUUGGGGAAAGGCGUGGCCCGGAGCAUGUUAAACCAGGGACACUUCUGUUGGACCCAUCAGUUGGCAGUUAUCUGGCCAUACAGCCACAACUCUGCUUUGGUGGCAUCCGUCUUGAGAGUCUCAUGGAGAAUGAGACAGGUCUCACAUGGGAAGUCAAAGUAAACAACCGUCACUUCCACAGAAAGAAGCAGAAGAAGUCUUUAUUGUGCUUUGGAUGGGGACGAUACGCUGUGAGUAUGUCCUACUUUCUUUCACAUCUGAAACUCAACUCCUAUCGGCAUGCUGUCCCAAGUGAGACACAGGUUAAUGACAACGUGGUCCGCAGCUACAAGUACACCCCCCUGACUUUCCUGCCUCUGACACUGUUCGAGCAAUUCCAGAGAGUGGCCAACCUCUACUUCCUCCUCAUGGUGGUGUUACAGUGUGUUCCUGCCAUCUCCUCUGUGCCCUGGUACAUAAGCUUCAUCCCACUGGUGUCUGUGCUGUCUGUGAGAGCGAUAAAAGACCUUGCCAAUGAUAUGACGAGGAGACGGAGCGACUCUGCCAUCAACUCUCGACCCUGUGACAUACUCAUUUCUCAGAGGUUUGAAACACUGCAGUGGCGGGACAUAUGUGUGGGAGAUAUUCUUCGCAUCCAUAAAGACCAAGUCAUUCCUGCAGACCUUCUUUUAUUGUGCAGCUCCGAGCCUCACAGUCUAAGUUAUGUAGAGACUGCAGAUAUAGAUGGUGAGACCAACCUCAAAUACAAACAGGCCCCAGGUGCAACACACAUUGAGCUGACCACUAACCCCUCAGAGGAAAGCUUUUCUGCUUUUGAAGGAGUAGUGCUCUGUGAAGAGCCCAAUAACCGCCUGUACACUUUCAGAGGGCGGCUGCACUGGAGAGGACAGCGGAUUUUGCUGGACAGUGAUCAUAUACUUCUGAGGGGCACUGUCCUACGCAACACAGAGCGUGCCUAUGGCAUUGUUAUAUACACUGGCACUGACACCAAGAUCCUGAGGAACUGUGGAAAACUGCGGGUGAAGAAAACUCGGACUGAAAAAGUGUUAAAUAAAGCUGUCACUGGGAUUGUACUCACUGUACUUAUGUCUGCGCUGCUCCUGUCCAUUGGAGGUGGAAUAUUUGCGAGUCGGGUGAUGCAGCAAACAGAAGUGCUCGCUGCCUUGGUGGUUGAUGGGAAUCCUGCAUACUCGGGGUUCCUUGUGUUUGAGAUGAUUCACACAGUCCAUAGCCUUUUCAUUGGAUGGGACCUUAACAUGUACUGGGAAAAAUUGGGCAGAUGUGCUGAGGCAAGGAAUACCUCUUUGAAUGAGGAGCUUGGUCAAGUGGAGUACCUCCUGAGUGACAAAACAGGAACCCUGACCCAGAACCGUCUGCUCUUCAGACAGUGCUGCAUCGCUGGAGAGGUCUACGGAGAUGUGUCUGUUAGCGCAGAAGAUACAGAGCCCAUGGACUUACGCUGGAACCCGUACUCGUAUGGAGGGCUCUUCAUGUCCGCUCCUGAGCUCGUGCAGAGACUGAGAGGACAGCGGUGUGCCUUCAGCAGAGAGUUCCUAAGAGCACUGUCACUCUGCCACACUGUCAUAGCUCAGUACAAGAAUGGAGCCCCUGUGUACCAAGCUGCUUCCCCAGAUGAAGAAGCUCUUGUUGGGGCUGCUCGUGAGUUAGGUUGGGCCUUUAUUUCCAGGACUAGAGACUUCAUCAUUAUCUCAGAGCUCGGUGUGCAGCGGCAGUAUCAGGUGCUGGCACUGCUAGACUUUACUAGCAAGAGAAGGCGCAUGUCUGUGCUUGUGCGGGAGCCAGAGGGUGGGUUAAAGCUUUACAGCAAGGGAGCAGACAUAGUGAUCCUGGAGAGAUUGCAGAAGGACUGUCCACACCAGGAACGGACUGAAAUAGCCCUGGAGGUGUUUUCAGAGUCCUGUUUGAGGACAUUAUGUGUAGCAGUUCGAUCAGUUUCUGAAGAGCUAUGGGAAAAGUGGAGUAAAAGUCUGUCCCAGGCAUCUGAAAUGAUCGUCUCUGAGCGCGAGGUCCUCCUUGACCAACUGUACGAUGAAAUGGAAAGAGACUUGCAGCUUCUGGGGUUGACAGCCAUUGAAGAUCGGCUUCAGGAGGGUGUUCCAGAGACCAUUGCUUUGCUUCAACAGGCCGGAAUUAAAGUAUGGGUCCUGACUGGGGACAAAAAAGAAACUGCAGUAAAUAUUGGAUAUGCUUGUAAAUUACUGGAUGCUGAUACAAGAUUACUGGAAUGGCAUGAACUGAGACAGAUCCUCCAGUCCCCAGACCCACAGGUUUCCUUCAGCAAGGCCAGACAGACAGAGCUGUGGGCUGUAGACAAAGAGAUGGCUGGAACAAAAACUGCUGUGGUGCUCACCGGACCCGAGCUGGCAGAGUUUGUACAGAAACCUGAGUGGGGGGCCACUUUGAUGAAGUUGGCAAUGCAGUGCCAGUCUGUUCUUUGCUGCCGUGUGACACCGGGACAGAAGGCAGACAUAGUUAAACUAGUGCGGAAGCACACAAAAUCCAUCACAUUGUCCAUUGGGGAUGGUGCCAAUGAUGUAAACAUGAUUAAAACAGCUCAUGUUGGAGUGGGGCUAGUUGGGGUGGAGGGGGGCCAGGCUGUGCAGAAUGCAGACUUCUCCCUGUGCCAGUUCAGAUUUCUGCAAAGGCUGCUGUUGGUACAUGGACAUUGGUCUUACCUUCGGAUCUCAGUCUUCCUACGAUACUUCUUGUUCAAGACCUGCAGCUUUGCCUUCGUUCACAUAUGGUUUGGCUUGUUUAACGGCUUCAGUGCUCAGUCUUUGUAUGAGACUUGGUUCAUUGCAUUUUACACAGUUUUUUACACAUCUAAUCCGAUUCUGUGUGUGGCUUUUUUUGAAAAGGAUACAAGUGCAGAGGGCAGUUUGAAAUAUCCGGAGUUGUACAUGUCCGGACAGAAAAAUGAAUUAUCCAGCCCUGUUAUGAUGUUGAUAAGCCUGCUGUAUGCUGUCUACUCAUCACUCAUUCUCUUCUUCAUCCCGUGUGGUGUCUUCUUCAACACACCGUUCGACUUCCAAACUAUGUCUGUCACCGUUGCUAUGGCAGCGACAUUUGCAGCUACCAUAGAGAUCUCACUACAGACCAAACACUGGACCAAGUUUAACAUUGCUUCUGUGUGUUUGUCCCUGGUGCUGUACUUCCUCUGCACCAAAAUCACCCACAGUGAACGACUGUUUAUGAGAGCACAAAAAGACUACUAUUUCAUUGGAGCAGCUGAUAAGGCCUUCAUUGAUCCAGUGGUGUGGCUCACAGCGCUGCUUACUGCCUGGACAGCUGUUUUGCCCUCGGUCACAAUCCAUGCUUUCAAUGUCAUUCGCAAAGGCAACGACAAACACAAGGUGCAUAGUGUCUCUCCAAAGGCCAUGGAGCUGAGGCCUCAGUUGGUUUCGCAGACAUCUCUUAGGCGUUCGUCACUCAUUCGACGUAGAGCCAUGAGAGCCAAUGAACUGACUGACACUCCCAGAGCAAGCUUUCACAGCACAGCGCCACCAGUGGACCAGAAGGUGACUGCAACCAAACCCACUACAACCUCUGAUGCCUAUUCUUUUCUAUGA